AUGCUAUGGAAAGAAACGGUCCCGCUGUCUGCACGAGGAGAGCCGUGGUUCGACGACGGCAACAUCAUCCUUCUCGCUGAAGACGGCGCCUCCGACAAUGCCGCCGCGUUCAAAGUGCACCGCGGCGUCCUCGCUCGACAUUCCGAGGUCUUCCAAUCCAUGUUUGAGCUCUCCACUCCCGUCUCGGGCGACGUAGACGUCGCGGACGGAUGCCCAAUCGUGCGCAUGCACGAUCGCCCGACUGAGUUGAGUGCGCUCAUCCGGGCUCUGUACGACGGAGCGUCGUUCGAGCACCGCAGCAUCCAAGAUUUCUACCACGUCGCGGGCAUCCUUCGGCUCGCAACCAAGUACUUCAUCGCGCACCUUCGACGUGAAGCCAUCCGACACCUACUCCAGACCUGGCCACACACGCUCAAAGGACAUGACCGCUUCAUCGAACGCGCGGUCAAAUCCGCGCCCGUUGGCGACCUCACCUACCCCUAUGUGCACCCACUGCAUGUCCUUAACCUCGCGCGCGAGACGCAUGUGCGGAUCGUCGUCCCCUCUGCGCUCUACUUCCUCUCGCUCUACGGGCUCCCGGACAUCCUCCGCGGCGACCACCCGAAGUUGCGCGUCGAACACCCCUCCCGCCCGUCCUCCGAACUCUCCGCGCGCGACCUGCAGGACUACACGCUCAUGUUUCAGCACCGGAUAGACGCUAUCCUCGACUUUAUCCGCCAGACCUGCAGCGGGCGCGCCCCGGCGAAGACAUGUCAAGGGCAGCCGGGCCUGUGCCAGAAGGCAUUCGUACGGCUCGGAUCGCGCCUAUCGCGCUCAUGGGUCGUCCGCACCGGCCCAUUACACUAUUCCGUACAAGCGAUUGAUGAGCUCGCCGAUGACCCAAACGUAUGCGGGCCGUGUCGCAGGGCCUUCCGAGAGGACGUCGUCACCCUGCGCGAGAAGAUAUGGGCGGAGCUCCCUGGGAUCGUCGGACUGCCGGGGUGGGCGGAGCUCGAGAAGAUGGAUUUGGCGAGUUGA